CCAAGAACGGAUGAUGGACUCCGUUUUAUCCGAACGGAUACCACCUCCAGUCCCAUAUACGGUGAUUUAUGGAUGAUGAUGACGCAUACCAAUUAUCGUUAUGACGCAUUUGCGAUGUCUUAUGAUCCAGAAUUGGAUGAUUUUAUCAUCAGUCGAGACGAGAGAAUCUAA